AUGCAUACUUCGGGACCGGCAAACGAGUUCUUGCUGGCGGUGGAUCCGCAGCGGGGAGCUACGGAGGCCGCCACGCCCCACGCGACCGCCGGCGCAGACGGCGUCUUCAUCCACGCGGAGGGUGCCAGCUGCUGUGAAGCACUUUUAGCUGAGCUCUUGCAUUCUCCUGGGCCGGGCCUCGGAGUGCCAGGAAGACACGCGGCGCGGCCGCCCCUGCUACUGUAG